GCAACCAGCGUCGCGUGCCUGUCGACCCGGCCAGUGCUGCAGCAAAAGGCGUCACCGUCACCAGGCCCCGACUCAACGCCCGUCGACGCUGUGCAGAUGCGCUUUGCCUUCUCCGCGUUUUCCUCUAGUCCAGCCUGACGUGCAUCAUUCCAGGGACGCUGCUUAUCCAUUAAACCUCCGCCGUUUCCCCAGCCCAGCCUGCUCCGUGUCCCUUGUAUAACUAGCCAUUCGCACUCCGGCCCAGCGCGUCCAGGGUCUCGCUUUUCUAGGCACGCAACCACCGGCCAAUCUCCGCCAGCGCCGCGCAGCCUCAUUGCCCUCGCAGCGACCGCUUCUCUCCCUAGCCCCACCCUCGCUCUCCUGCAAACCCUCACCGUGACACCGCCCUUGGACAACUCGACGCCUUGACACCUUGACGCCUUGACACCUCGACGCCUCGACACCUCGCCAUGCCGGGACAUCUGCGCAGUCGCCUACGACGGGCCUUCACCGGCGAGGAGGGCCAUGGACCCCUCAGCAAAAUAAAGGGCAAGAACGCAAAGUCGACGCAGCCAGAGAGCGACUACUACCUGCCCGGCGAGAAGAUGCCGCCGCUCAAGUACCGCCGUCCCGUGGCCCCCGAACACAAGGCCAAGCUCGAGGCUUUUAGUUUUUCGAAUGCCUGGCGUCGACGCAGCCACCACAGCCUGUACUCGCCAAUGGGGAGCCGUCUGCCGAGCCGCAAGAGCAGUUUCCGCAGCAGACGGAGCCGUAGUCGCAGCGUCCACCGCAGCAGGCGCUCCAGCUUCAACAGCGUCAACAGCCUGCACAGCGAGUACGACGACGAAGAGUGGGUUGACAGCGGUAUUGGCACGAGCAUUGCGGGCGACGAGCGGCCAGCCAAGAUCCGUGAAGCGAGCGACGACGAGGGCGAUGUUCUCAAUGUCGGUCUUUCUCGCAAUCCUACCCAAGAUCCCCGCGACGCCCGCCGGCGGGAAUCCACGGGCAUCCGUCGUUCCAGCUCCGCACGACGCGCCUCUUCACGCCCAGGCACAUCAUCUGACCGCACAUCUCGCCAGCCUUCGCAGCCCUCGCAGCCCUUUUCCCCUGAAGAUCUCGAGUCCGCGCUGCAAAAGUCGAAUCUCGAAGCCACAGAAGAAGAGUCUAUGCAGAGCGACGCGACCACCCCGCUCGAGGAAUUCGACGAUCCAAGCCCCUUUCUACGCCCGCGAGGCGGCUCCAUCUACGUGCCAUACAACGGCCAGGGCACGCCACCAGAACUCCCAUUUUGGGGAAAUGCAUACCCGGAAAGCGAUGAUACAAAUCGUGCGCAAUUUCGACGCGGGUCCAUCUUCGUCUCAAACGAGGAUUCUGAUUCCGCAUCCUCGGAACGCCGCCCCUCUGUCUUUGCGCCUAACAUGGACCCCUGUUCCGAGACGUGCGAGCGCCAGCAAGCACAACCUGAGCCCCCGUCCGAAUCCGCCCCGAUCGAGGUGCCGAAACGGAAGCCGCUCAUCUGCUGCCCCAGCGAAGACAUUAUGAAGAUUCUGGCCCGAACAGACCUGUAAUGAUGAGUCCGUCACUUUCUUGACCAAAACUGGCCACAUUUGUGCCACUCUGUGUUUUUAAUCUGUUAGCAUUUGUAUUCGUCUUUUGCAUUUCCUCGGCGUUUCUUUCUUCUUCGUCUUUUUUUUCACUCUAUUUGAGCCUCAUGGUUAGGGGUUCACGGCUUUGAGCCUUGGCUGUGUAGGAGCCCUCGGAUGGCUCCAUGGCUUUGCGCUUAUUUUGACGGGUUGGAACACUUUGCAUUGCAUCAUGUUAAUCUGGUUUGGUUUCAAUGCUGGACUGGGAUAGAAUGUUUUCCCGUAGUAUAUUUUUUUUUCCUCACUUGUACAAUCUGCAUGUGUAUUAGAAAGGGCUAUUAUUUCGGUUCCGGAGAGUAUGGUGUGGACAAAUCAUAAACCAAAUCUAUCUAUACGUU